GCCCCGCCCUUCCGAUACGGGAGGCCGAGGCGUGCCGCCGCGACCCUCAGUGCCCCUGCAAACAUGGCGCUGCAAGUGGCGCGGACCCUGCGGGCUGUGGCCUGCAGCCUGCGCUCGGCCUCCGGGCCCGCCUCGCCCUGCCGGCCGUGGUCCUGGCGGCUGGGAGCUGGCGCCGUCCGGACACUGCGCACAGGACCCGUUCUGCUCGCAGUGCGUAAAUUCACGGAGAAACAUGAGUGGGUGACAGCAGAGAAUGGUGUUGGAACAGUGGGAAUCAGCAAUUUUGCACAGGAAGCUUUGGGAGAUGUUGUUUACUGUAGUCUACCUGAAGUUGGGACAAAAUUAAACAAACAAGAUGAGUUUGGUGCUUUGGAAAGUGUGAAAGCUGCUAGUGAACUCUAUUCUCCUUUAUCAGGAGAAGUAACUGAAAUUAAUGAAGCUCUGGCAGAAAAUCCAGGACUUGUCAACAAAUCUUGUUAUGAAGACGGUUGGCUGAUCAAGAUGACCCUGAGUAACCCUUCAGAACUAGAUGAACUGAUGAGUGAAGAAGCAUAUGAGAGAUACGUAAAAUCUAUUGAGGAGUGAAAAUGGAACUCCUAAAUAAACCAG